AUGGGUCUCCUACAAGAUUGUGUUGUUAUUGUCACCGGCAGCGCUUCUGGUAUCGGAUACGCAACUUCUUCAAUGGCCCUCAGUGAAGGAGCUCAUGUAUUUGGCGUGGACGUGUCUCCCUUACCAGCAGAUCUUAGCAAUCACCCAAAAUUCCAAAGCUUUCAAGGAGACCUCACCGAUGAAACCACGGCUCAAGCGAUAGUCGCUGCUUGCACUCAAGCUUUCGGAAACAGAAUUGAUGGUCUGCUCAAUGUUGCCGGGGUUCUGGAUAACUUUGCAAGUGUAGAUCGUGUGACGGACCAAGUUUGGAAUAAGUGCCUAGCGGUGAAUUUGACGGCACCGGUCAAGCUAAUGCCAAAGCUGGAACUAGUGGAGGAGCGGCCGGAGUGGCUUAUACUGCUAGUACGGCAAAUCUCUACCUUGAUAUCAGAUGCACAGCUGACCAGGCCUAUGAAAGGCAAGCAUGGCUUGAUUGGAGUGACCAAGAACGUAGCCUGGAGAUUCAAGGAUGAGAACAUCCGGUGCAACGCGGUCUGUCCAGGAGGGGUUUCGACCAAUAUUGGUAGAGACAUUGACCGAGAUUCCUUUGAUAUGGAAGCUUUCGAAACAAUGAAACCAAUUCAGUUGGCUCACAUGCCAGAUCAGUCAAAGGGACCGAGUAUCACUCCAGAGGAAGUUGCUCGAGUUCUCGUUUUCCUAGUGUCGGGCCUUAGCAGCAGAGUUAACGGUGCGGUCAUCCCUGUCGAUGACGCUUGGUCUACUAUAUAG